GUGCUGCAGUGAGAGAAAGAGAGAGGCAGGGAGGAGGGGAGCAGGCAGGCAGAAUAAGCUACAUGAAUAAGGACUGAACCAGAAGCCCACAGGAGACAGAGCACUUUGUGAGUGUGUGUACAUGUUUGAAUGCGUGAAAACACUGCGCAUGUGUGACUGAACGGAUGGUGGAGGAGAAAGAGCAGUAAUGAAUGCCAGCUGAGGGAUGACAGCACAGGAGAGAGAGAAAGAGAAGACAGAGGCUCACCUGAAGACAACAAGAAGGCAGUAAGAAAGAAAGGAAGACAUAAUAGGUGGAUCUAUGACAGACAAUAGCAGCUUGAGUCUCUACACAGAAUAAGAUGAAUAAUGUUUGAAUAGUAGCUGUAACACCUGGGAUGAACAAUAGGACACAGGAAGAGAGAUGAACAUCUACAACUCAAAGGAUAAAGACUGGAAGAGUGAAGUAGAAUGAUAUCGGAAGACCAAUGAUACUGAGGUUGACGAAAGCAGACUGAUGUUUCCACCUUGCAACAGCUUCCUCCAUCUUAAUAUCUCCUCCAUGUUGUUGGUGCUCCAGGAAUAGAGACGGAUAGAAGAGAGACGGAAAGCAUCCUUACCUCAGUGACAAAAAAGACAAAGCAGAUUAUCAUCAGAUGCGAAUUACUUGAUGAAGAAGAUAAAACAUUGAAGGUAACAUCCAUCUAAAGCAGACAGAUAAAUGGACAGAAGGAACUGGAUUUACUUAAAAAGGAGACAUCUGACUCAAAGACAUCUGUAAAACUUUUCUUCCGCCCAGCACAGUUAUGAUGACUGUUUAAGGCUUAACUUGAAAAGAAGCUCUCACUCCCACUUCUGAGGAAUUCAAGGAGCCAUUCCAACAGCUCCCUUGGGUAUCAAAAAACACCCAACAAAAAGACCUCCGCCCUUCAACUUAUCAAGAUACCAAGGAAAGGAGUCAAAAAGGGUGUUCUGAAAAAACUGGAUCAACAGCAGAGACUGGCAGAGAAGCAUUCUUUAUUUCCCAUACACUCAAGUCAAUAUCUAACACAAACACAGCCAACAACAAGAAGUUUAGUAGUUGUUUAAGUGAGACAUUUUUAUUUUCCUUUUGAAAGUCAGAAGAGCAAAUGUUAGGAUUUUUUUCCUGGUCUAACUGAACUGCCCACAAUCAAACCCAGGAUACUGUGUGAAUUGUAUUGAUUUUAUAUUGACCAGACUGGUGUAGUGAAUGAAAAUAUCUUAGUGCUAAACCAAUAAAAAUUCCUGUGCAAUUUGUAGAUAUCUAAAAGAGAGCACCAACAUAUGUACUUUCGUGCAAAAAAAUGACUGUGCAUAGUGUACCUUGAUCAGGUUCUGUGAACUAGACUGUUAGAAUUUUUAGAAAUUUUAAGUUUAUAUGCAUAUAUAUAACACAUACCACUUUGGUGCAACAGAGUUUGGAGUAAACAUUACACUUGCUGAGCCUUUCCAUUUAUUGAGGCUUGAGCUGACAGAAGCAGCCAGCUGGGGAGAUCUCUGAAGGGAAAAUGGAGGCACCCAUCCGUCCCCAUGUUCCCUCUAAUGGCUAAUUUUAAAGAAGGAAAUUAAUCCACUUCCCCUUGUGCAAAACAAAGCCAGGGUGUCCACUGCUAAUCAGAGCUAUAGCCAGUCUAUCUCAGAACUCAAUACCUAAUGUCCUGCCUCAGGCGUCAGCAGCUGGCUAUCCCCAUGGACACAGUGAAGAUCAUCCAGUCCGAGAAGUUUCCCAGAGAAUGCCCUGUCCCGGUCACCCAACCCCGCUAUGCCCCAGCCCCAAGAGUGGCAUGGGAUGGUGGCGGUGAGGGCGAAAUCAUUGUCAACCAGGCCUGCAGUGAUCUGACAUUGGACAUAACACCUUCUCCCAGGCCAAUGGUGUCCCCUCCAUCCCCAAUGAUGCGCAGGGAACACAGCUUCCUGGCGCAGCGCAAAACGAGUGCCAAUGAAAUCUGCUAUCACCAGUUCCACUACAAGAUGGAAGACGUCAUAGUCAACCAGUACGUGCUUCGCUCCUCCUCCACCUCCUCCUCCACUUCCUCUUCCUCCUCUUCGGGCCCUGUUAUGCCAUGCGAGCCUCUAGAAUGCCCCACCUGUGGACACACAUACAACUUUGCCGGGAAGCGUCCACGGAUCCUCUCUUGCCUGCAUUCGGUGUGUGAAGAGUGCCUGCAAAUCCUCUAUGAAUCAUGUCCCAAGUACAAAUUCAUCUCCUGCCCCACCUGCAGACGCGAGACGGUGCUGUUCACUGACUAUGGCCUCGCUGCUCUGGCCAUCAACACCAGCAUUCUGAGCCGUUUGCCCUCCGACCCUAAUGGGCCAGUGCAAUGGGGCGGGGAAGCUGACCGCAGCUGCUACCAGACUGUGCGUCAAUACUGCCAGUCAGCAUGCACCUGCCAGAUUGCCAACCCAUUGUCCUCCUGCGGCAUCAUGUAGAGAGGAAGGAGGUGAGGACACUGCAAAUAAGACUUACCGCUGCUCCCCACCAACACCACUCUUCUCAUCCAUAAGCUAAACCCUUUCUGCCAAGCCCCCCUUCCCUCUCACAUGUACAGCAAAUAAAUCCCUUCAUAGAUGUUAUCUCUAUAUAUUUAAUAGCACAGAUGGAUACUGUGUGGGACAUAUGGAUGCUGGUGAUCCAGAAUGAAGCGAAUAAAUGUAUUUUAUGUACGGACUGAAAAACUAUUUACCAUCUCUCAUUUGGUUGGAUGUGUUUGUCAUGACAUCUCUUUAAAUGGGAAUGCCAGGGGAGGUAUGUCCCCCAACCUAGGAGAAUAAAGAUUAAAUGAAGCAAGUACCUCUGAGUGUCCUGUGUUAGUAGUUCA